CGGUAAGCAAAUUACAUGGAGCGUCAGACAGUUACUCGCCCGACAAGCACCCAAUUGAAAUUUGCCAAAUUCAUAUAUUCUUUUCUCUGACUCGUCAAUUUUUUCACAAAAGUUUUGCUUCAUCGAAAAAGCAGUUGGAGGAUGCCUUCGCACGUUGCAAAUCCGUUGUCUCUCCAGGCAGCCUCGCCUCAGCCCGACAGCAAGGAGUCUAUAAAUUGCGCAUUUACGGUCAUGCAAAGGCGAAAUGUCGAAGAUGAAGACCGGAUCCGGAACUGUCCUCGGCAACGGCAGACCAGCAGGGGCCGCAGGCUGUCUUUCUCGUCUGGCACGUCUGAGGAACGACGCGCUCCUGCUGGGCCAAGGCAUGAAGACAGCCGGAGUUGUACGAACAUCCGAUCAAAAGCAAAUGCCAACAUGCGCGGCGCUGGCACGACACGCAUAGGCAUCAAGCGUGAAGAUACUAGCGAUCACCGGAUAUUAGAGCGAGCAGCGGGUUCUUUGUCAUCAGCAGCAUCCGGAAAAGUGAUGAAGGGCAAUGUUGAAAGGAACGGAGCGGAACCCGAAGCGACGAAGCAGGUCAUGAAGAUAGACAGGCGCGUGGACAACAGCUGUGUUCGGGAGAAAAAAGUGCAGCGACAUGAUGAAGCUGCUUCUUCACCUGAUCGUCGAGAAAACCCAAGUACAACGACCAUGGCGAAACAAGUAGGCACCAGAAAUAAGGCAAAAGAAGGAGGGACUGUCGCAGAGGUGUCGUCUUUAUCAAAAUUUCAGCGUCCACCUUCAGCUUGUUCAAAAAAAAUGUCACCAAGAUCGCGGGAAUUACAUUUGCUCCGGGACUCCAGUACCAGCAGCAGCUCCAGUACCAGCAGCAGCGCACCACCCACAGAAGUUCAUGUGGAGGACGAAAAUGAUUUCGCGGGAACCGACCGACCAGCGUCAAUGGCCCCGUCCGAAGUGAGCACUUUGUCGCAUCGUGGUGCAUCCUGCUCUUUAGCAUCUGCUCAGCAAAAAAGCCUCCACACUUCCAAAACUACAGUGUCGUUCGGGGAGAAGGCUUGGCGGCUACUAACAACGAGUGGCAAGAAGAAGACUCCUGAAGCGACUCCUUGCAUCACAAGCGACCUCGGUGAUGAACGCUCCGCAAUAUUACGUGCGCCACCUGCAAGCCGUCGCCCAGCGCCUUCAGCCAAGUCGCCACGUCUUGGCAUGGCGGGUGCAAAAUGUAGUAGCAAAGACUUUUUUACAACGACGAACAAAAUAAAGGUUUCCAGGAGACCCAGACAUUUUUACAAUCCAUAG